CUCGAAACCAACCAAACAAACAACAACAACAACAACAACAACAACCAACAACAACAACUAACAACAAUGGAUGAAGAUGAACGGUGGGACGAUGUUGUUGCGGCGGUGAAGGAAGGUAGCAAGCUGGGAGGGGCACGGCGUGUCCAGCAGGAGAUCCCAGUGAAGAAGCCAUACGAAAUCGGACGCGCAGUGCUUGGAUCACACACCAGUGCGUGGGGUAGUACGGCUCCCGAGGGUGAUGCCGGCGAACAUGAUGACGGUGAGGACGAAGAUGAUGAUGUCAGUGACGAUGAUGUCAGUGAUGGCGACGCGUAUGAUUCGCCCGCAGCCGAAGGUACCGCUGCACAUGCUUCCUUGCCGUCGCAGCUGCAACGAGCCAGCAGAACACGCAAUGCCGUUGUGCAGCGCACCACCGUGCUGGAGGACGAUUCAGAUGACAGCAACGCCAACGAUGAUGAUGAUGAUGAUGGCGAUGAUGAUGAGGAGGGUCCCGAGCGCACAUCGCGACGAGACAGCGACACGGGGUUUGCGUCUCGUCUUCGCCGCAUCAGCCGCGGCCGGGUCAGUGGCGAUGGCAGUGAUAGCGAUGCCAGCGCCUUUACGGACGUGAUGCCGUCGAAGAAGCGUGCCCGAUCAAAAGCAGGCGCAUCGCGCCGAAUGCACGUUGACGUGGCCCGACCGCUGCUUGCUCGCUAUCGCAAAUCAACUGCAGUUGGGAUUGCGCUGACCAAAGCAGAUGUUGGGAAGCGCGUGAAUGUCGACGGUUUUGGCCACGGUGUUCUCCAAUAUGUCGGCACAACAGAGUUUGAGCGGCAGGCUGGAGUGUGGCUCGGCGUUGAACUGGACGAUGCAAAUGGACGACACAAUGGAACAGUGGACGGUGUGCGGUACUUUGAUGCAAAACCAAACCACGGCCUGUUUGUGAGCAUGCGCUCUGAAAAGGUGCACGUGCUACCAACCGCCCUCCAGUCAACGAAGGAACAGGAGCCGCAAGCGCGCGAUGCAGCCAGCCACGAUGGCGGUGGCGAUGACGACCAAGACGAUGAAGCGGACACCGUGUCCAGGCCAUUCCUGAAACAGGCCUGGCACGCACCGACACAGCCAUCCACAUCAGACAUUCCAACCUCGCUACCAUCAGCUGCGUCGCCAUUCGCUGUGAAGCAGAUUGCCGUCAAGCCCCCGGCAUCCUCGCGACCGCACGCUGCUGAAGACGACCACGACAGCACCGAGCACAGAUCACGUGAGGUGUUGGGGGACCGUGACCACCACGUGCAUACUGCCAGCACGAGCUUACCAUCACAGGCUCAGAGGCAACCACACGCAUACGACCAACAACACCAACCACAGCAACACAUGCAACCACAACAGCAACACAUGCAACCACAGCAGCAACAAUCACAUGUGCCGUCCCAGCACCUGCAGGGCGAGAUGAGGACAGAUGAUGAAGACCAACUGCUGGAUGCGGCUGUUCCAGAGGGACCGCCACAACACCUUGGCUCAUUCUCAACCACCGUGGCUGAUGUGACACCGCUGCACAGGGCAGCAGCCCUCGGGGACGAGUCUGUCCUGCAGCAGAUAUUGGAGGAGACGCAGCUGCCGGUGGAUGUUGUCGACCAAUACGGCCGCACACCGCUCAUGUACGCCGUGCACUGCGGCAACACGCAAUGCGCGCACCUGCUGCUCACACAGGGCGCUGAUGUCAACCAGUGCGAGCGCGUGUCCGGUAGCACCGCCUUGCACGACGCUGCAUACCAUGCCACCCCAGUCAUGGUACUGCUGCUGAUAGAGCAUGGUGCGGAUGCGGUGCUGCGUGACACGGAGGGCCGGCAGCCCGUGCACUGGGCGACAGACAAUCCAAACGCAGAGGUGAUGAGUGUUCUUCUCAACCGCGUCCCAAACCUCGACAUCAAUUGCCGCGACGACGCGUGCAUGACCCCGAUCAUGUGGGCGUGCUUCCACAACCGCGAGAAGAUUGUCAAGAUGCUCCUGAAACACGGCGCAGAUCUCGAGGAAAAGGACAUUGACGGAAAGACCGCCAUGCACUGGGCCGUGCAUGAGCGGAUAGGCUGCUUGAAGCUCGUCCUCACGUUUGCGUCUACGUUCUUCAAGGACCACCUUGGCCGCACCGUGGCUCACAUCGCCGCUGAGCUCAACGCCACCGCCGCUCUCCGCUUCAUUGUCCGCACGCGCGCCGAUGCCGUCCACGACGUCGACAAGAACGGCCGCACUCCCCUCCACUGGGCCGCAGCCUGUGCAAAUGCGGAUGCAGUGCGGCUGCUGGUGAGGAGCGGUGCGCGCGUGAGUGAUCGGGACAACAAAGGCGCAACCCCGCGCGACUACGUGCAGGCCAAGCGGCUGACGUGGCAACUCUCUGAUGAGCAGUCGGCGGCGCUGAGUGAAUGCAAUCAGGCGCUGGAGGAAGCAGCAGCCGUGGAGGCGACGGCAGCGGCGCGACGCAAGUCCAGCGAGGGCCACCAUGACGCAAGAAGCAGCAGCAGCCAUGCAGAUGAUGACGCAAUCUCAAUUGCUUCCUCUGUCAUCUCGACGGCGGUGCUGCCGACGCACGACCGCCACCUCCGCUCCGUCAUGGCAGCACGCGGCACGGCCACGACCCCGGCCCGCUCGGUCAGUGCGCACGCCAAGCACAGACCAGCUGUUGAGAUGGCACCGCGGGGGCAAGGAGGGCCCACGGAUGGUGCUGAUGACGACGGCGCUGGUGGUGGCGAUGAUGAUCGUGGUUAUGAUCGUGAUGAGGAGCCGGCAGAUGCACAAGCGACACAUUCCACUGACUUGGGCCAGAGCGACCAGUUUGCAAACACAAUCAUCACAGAAGGCUCGUUCCUGUACAAGUUGAGUCACGGUGGGAGCGGGCCAGCGCGCCGCAAGCUCUUCUGGGCCGAUGGCCACCGCGGUCUCCUGCACUGGGCGAACAGCGUCGAGGACAUGAAUGUGCGCCGUGUGGAGACGCGCGUCACUGCUGUUGCCGCCGGUCCGGAUGCCGUCCUCCGACAGCGCGCAGACUUCUCCUCAAACCCGGAUCGUUAUCGGUUUGCCAUUCGCGUCUCGACAACAGCAAAGCCGCUGCACCUGCUGGUUGACGAUGAGGUGACAUACACGGCCUGGCUGGCCGCCCUCAAUGCAUUGCAGCAGCAGCACAGCCGGGCGUCGCACCACGACUUUAGCGAAGACGACACAACACCGGGGACCGGCCGUGUGCACGCCCGCAUUCUCGAAACGAAGCAGCUGCCGCGCGCUGCAAGGAGCCAGAACGCCAGCAUGGCGUGGACGCAGUCGUCGUCGGCGUCGCAACCAUCGUCGUCAUCAUCACCGCCCGGUGCUAACUCUGGCAAGAGCCGCGGUGGCGUUGUUCGCGAGAUUCCGCGCCCCACGAUGGACGCCCUGCGUCCGCCUGGCGUUCGCAACGCAAAUCGCCCACGCUUGCCCGUACUUAAGCGGCCAGGCCAGGCAACGCCCCCAAAGAUGCAGAUGCCGUCCAAUCCACGCUUUCCCAUUCCCGGCCAAGUUCGAUUCCCUAUGCGACCACCGAAACCAUCGCAAUCGAGACCACAACAGCCUCCCUCCCACACAUCUGUUACCAGCUCCGAUGCGUGAUGUGUGAUGUGACAAACGCAACGACGACGUUGAUCGAACAGCGUUGCGCGCAGAGAGGAGACAGACGGACAGAGAAAGAGACAGAGAACACACACACACACACACACAC